AUGUCUCUCCCUGAGCGACCGGGCGGCAGCCCGGUCUACGAACACCGCAACGUCUAUCGAAAUUCGCCUUCGCGACGCCCUCGCCCCAAUGACAUAGAGACUGGCUUUCAACCUGUGCCAAGGGCAGGACAUGAACGUGGGAAAUCCGUAUCUUCUUACGCCGAGACCAUUUCGAACCCUAAUGCCAAUACAGAGACUCUCCCUCUGUCACCGACGCAUCCCACAGCCUCGCCUCCGCCGCACAGCCCAGACCAACCCUUUACCCGCAAAAGGAGUCUGAUUCGACCAGAGCGCAACAGGAUUGGCAAGGACCACAGAAAUUACCACUAUCACAAGCAUGCGGCCAACAUGGAGACCAUGCCCUCGUCCACCGGCAACGACCCCAUCUUGGAAAACGUCGAGGCAUCAACCGAACCAUCGGGGGGCUCACAAACCCACGGAAGCUUUGCCGAUAGUUCUCCGCCACGCCAUCACCGCAGCCGAAAGACGAGCGGCGGUGACCAAGAAAAGGGCAAUGCUCGUGUCAAGUCGCGCCCGCACCGCAACAAGUCUGGCAAGAUCACGAAAACAACUAGGCAUAGAAAGUCGCGCAAGAACCCUGCCAUGGCCGAACAGAUUAGACCUCCGAGUGCCUGGAACGUUUACUGCGCCAUUGUGACAUUCUGGUGUCCCGAUUUCAUAUUGAAAUGCUGCGGCAAGCCCACAAAGGCUCAGCGCCGAGCUUGGCGCGAGAAGAUGGGCCUAAUCAGCAUCAUUCUCGUCAUCAUGGCCAUUGUUGGUUUCCUCACGUUUGGUUUCACUGCUACUGUGUGUAGUGCACCUCCCGAGCGAUUGAGGGUCAACAAGGUGACGGGUGGCUACAUGAUCUUUCACGGUGUCGCCUACGAUUUGUCCACCUCGCACCAUCCUCCGGCCGAAGGUAUUCCUCUGCGGCAAGAUGGCACGGGCGCCAACGUUUUGUUCGACUUGCCCGAGAAACAUUCAGGACAGGAUGGAAGUUUUCUCUUCCAAAAUGUCAACGGCCAUUGCAAAGGUCUCAUCAACAAAGCCCCGGGCUCUGACGUUCCCGACAACUCGAACAACGAGCUGGCGUGGUACUUCCCCUGCACUACGUUCAAUCAGGACGGAUCUAGUCGUCCCAACUUCACCAACCCGUACUAUUUGGGUUAUGCUUGCCACACGAGUUCCAACGCUCGAAAUGCCUUUUACGUUGGCCUGAAGGAAGCCGCUGAUGUCUACUUCACCUGGGACGAUAUUCGCAAUAGCUCUCGUAAUCUGGUUGUCUACUCCGGCAGCGUUCUGGACCUCAACCUACUCAACUGGUUCAACGAGAGCGAGAUUAGUGUCCCUGAUCGAUUCAAGGUUUUGCGAGACCAAGACAGCGCAGUCAACAAGGCCAUCCGUGGUCGCGAUGUCACCCGAAUGUUCCAGUCCCCUGGCGAUAAGCAGGUUGCUCAGUGCCUCGAGGAAAUCAGCCGAGUUGGAUUCGUUGAUACCGAGACUGUCGGUUGCAUUGCUUCAAAGGUUGUGCUGUACUGCGCUCUUAUUUUGAUUCUGUCCGUCGUCGGAACACGUUUUGUCUUGGCCCUGAUUUUCCAGUGGUUCAUCAGCCGCAAAUACGCAGCCGCAAAAACGUCGCAAACCUCAGAUCGCAGAAAGCGUGCCAAACAGAUUGAGGAUUGGUCCGAGGACAUUUAUCGCGCCCCCGCUCGAUUGCCCGGCGAUGUUGGUAGCUCUGCCAUGGGCUCUUCUGAUAGAGCGAGCAAGCGAGGCUCGUCCUUCCUGCCCACGACGUCUCGAUUCUCUGCCGUCUACGGAUCUGAUCGUCCAACCGGAGCCAGACGUCUCCCCACCACCAUGUCUAGCCAAGGUCCCGCAAGUUCUCUGCUCAAUCCCAAUUCCAUCUACAGACAAGGCAACGAUAGCCGAGCCAGCUUCUUGCGUCCCGAUCCUUACUCGAGUGCCGCCAGCCCCUCUGAUGGCCCCGGUCCCGCUGGAUUCAUUCACGACUCAGUUGUCCCCCAGCCACCAUCUGACUGGAUGCCAUUUGGAUUUCCCCUGGCUCACACAAUGUGCCUGGUUACGGCUUAUUCGGAAGGCGAAGAGGGUAUUCGGACCACACUCGAUUCCAUUGCCAUGACUGACUAUCCCAACAGCCACAAGGCUAUCGUUGUUAUUUGCGACGGUAUCAUCAAGGGCAAGGGUGAAGCUGUCUCUACUCCCGAUGUCUGUUUGGGCAUGAUGAAGGACCAUGCGACUCCUCCAGACAUGGUUGAGUCAUUUUCCUACGUGGCCGUUGCCAGCGGCUCGAAGCGCCACAACAUGGCCAAGGUCUAUUGCGGUUUCUACGACUACGGCAACAAGAGCCGUAUCCCCGUGGACAAGCAGCAGCGUGUGCCCAUGAUGCUGAUUGUCAAGUGCGGUACCCCAGACGAGGCCGACAAGGCCAAGCCCGGUAACCGUGGCAAGCGAGACAGUCAAAUCAUCCUCAUGUCCUUCCUCCAAAAGGUCAUGUUUGACGAGCGAAUGACAGAACUCGAAUACGAAAUGUUCAACGGUCUCUGGAAGGUCACUGGUAUCUCACCCGACUACUAUGAAAUAGUACUCAUGGUCGAUGCCGAUACCAAGGUGUUCCCUGACAGUUUAACGCACAUGGUAUCUGCCAUGGUUAAGGAUCCCGAGAUCAUGGGUCUGUGUGGUGAGACCAAGAUUGCAAACAAGCGAGACAGCUGGGUUACUGCUAUCCAGGUGUUUGAGUACUUCAUCUCCCACCACUUGGCCAAGUCGUUUGAGUCCGUUUUUGGUGGUGUCACCUGUUUGCCUGGUUGUUUCUGCAUGUACCGUAUCAAGGCCCCCAAGGGCGGCCAGAACUACUGGGUGCCUAUUCUCGCCAAUCCUGACGUUGUGGAGCACUACUCGGAGAACGUGGUUGAAACGUUGCACGAGAAGAACCUAUACCUGCUUGGUGAGGAUCGUUACUUGACGACUCUCAUGCUGCGCACGUUCCCCAAGCGAAAGCAGGUGUUUGUACCCCAGGCUGUUUGCAAAACGACUGUACCCGACAAGUUUAUGGUUCUGCUCUCCCAACGACGUCGCUGGAUCAACUCGACUGUUCACAACCUUAUGGAGCUUAUUCUGGUUCGAGACUUGUGCGGUACAUUCUGCUUCAGCAUGCAGUUUGUCGUUUUCGUUGAACUUGUCGGCACGCUGGUGCUGCCAGCCGCCAUUGCAUUUACCUUUUAUGUUGUCAUCACCUCUAUUAUCCAUUCACCUCCGCAAAUCAUUCCGUUGGUGUUGCUUGCUCUUAUUCUAGGCCUUCCCGGUCUCCUCAUCCUGGUCACGGCCCACUCGUGGUCCUAUGUCGUCUGGAUGCUGAUCUACCUGGUUUCCCUGCCCAUCUGGAACUUUGUUCUCCCGACAUAUGCCUUCUGGAAGUUUGACGACUUCUCAUGGGGUGACACGCGUAAGACGGCAGGAGACAAGGUCAAGAAGGGCGGCAUCGAAUACCAGGGCGAAUUCGACAGUAGCAAGAUCACCAUGAAGCGAUGGGCCGAGUUUGAGCGCGAGAAGCGCGCCAGGUCCGCCUACUUUGGCUCUCGGGAGAACGUGGUCGGCGCCCCUGGCGGCUGGGUCGCUCCUCCCAGCCACGCCCAAACCGAUGGCUACUACUCGGAUGUAUAA